AUGUGGCAAUUAAUUGCAAUUCUUCUUCUAAAUUUCUAUCUAUCGGUUAGUGGAGAACUUUGUCACCUGAAUACAACCUCAGAUCUCAAUUGCACUCAUCUUCAUAACAUCCACCUAGCCGUUGAUGAAACUAUUGAUCCCUGCUACGAUUUCUAUGGCUAUGCCUGUAAUAAUUGGCCUCACCUCUCGCAGAAUUAUGAAGCCCUGUUGGAUCAUCAAAUGAAUUUGAAAAUGAUUACCCUAACGGAAAAUCUGAGAGCAGAUAGCCUGAAUACGGAUUUUUUCAAUAUAACCCACACCUAUUAUCGUUCAUGUUUGAGGGCCAAAGGCCGUGGUAAUGCCAUCGAAAAUAUUUUGAAUAUUAUUAAGCCGGCUGUAACGGGUCUGGAAUGGCCGAUUUUGGAGGUGAUGCGAGGUAAAGAGGAAAAUGAAUGGCCCGUGGACAGGUUCGACAUAUUUGCUCUGCUGGGUAAAUUAUUGGAUUAUGGUCUGGAUCAUAUCCUACUGAUAACCUACAAGGACGCCAGCCAGCAGAAUUUCUCCUCCAUAAAACCUCAGGUGAUUUUGACGUUAACGGAAAAUGACAUUUCCACGGUGCUGGGGGAGUUGAUUUUUAAUCAAAAACUGCGAAACGAUUACACUCAACGUCUUGUGGAAAUACAACAAAAAUUAAAUGAUUUAAGUCGCCAAUUUCGUUUUCAAGGAUAUAGUGAAAAUGGCGCCCAACAGUUCACAUUUGGCGAAUUGUUGCAGAAAUUUCCUUAUCUACAAAAUUAUUUUGAAAAUUCCCAAUUAUUUGAAAACAUCAAAGACGAUGAGCGGUUUGAGUUACGAGUUCCGCAAUAUUUCGAAAUGCUAAGGCAGUAUAAAUGGUCCCAGGGGGAAAAACAGGAUAUUUGUAAUUACAUUAUGGUGGCAAUGUUGAGGCAUUUACUUCCCGCUCGCAACGAUAUGAGCCACACCAAACUCGAUUGUAUUCGCGAAGUUCGGGGUAAAUUGGAGCUACCCCUAAAUCUGCUCUAUCUUGAUUAUUAUCGACCCAAUGAAUUAAUCUAUGAUAACGAUGUUUAUGGCAUCUUUUCGAAGCUGUGCGAACACCUUACCGAAGACAAUCCACCACCUGCAGAUUUCACCUCAUCAAAUUGCUCGGCAUCCGAACUGAAUGUGGAAAAUGCACCCAAAAGUUUUUACCUUCCCUUGCUGAGGAAAUUAUUUGCUGACAUACCCGACCUGCAGCCGGAUAAUUUCUAUCAAAAUUUUCUCCACCUCCUAAGGCAUCGUGCCAUCAAGUACAUACACAAUAAGGAGACGUAUUAUCAUAUCAUGGUGUAUGGCGGCUUGGAUCAAUACCACCGAAGACCAUUCUAUAAUUAUGCAAGGAAAAUGCUGGCCUUACCAUUUGUCCUGCUGCAGACACCUCUAUAUCAUCACAGCUAUGAUCCGCUAUUUAAAAUAUCCUCAUUGGGUUUUACAAUGGCCAAAUAUUUCCCCGAAAUCGAUUAUUAUGGGCUGAGUAGAUUUUAUAAUAACACAAUGGCAGGCAGUAUGAGAGGUCGCACCGAUGCGGAAUGUAUUGGGGAUUUUGGGGCUGCUGAUUUGGCCUAUCGAACUUAUCGUCAUUAUUAUGGCAGGCAGCCGGAAUUUACUGAUGAUCCAUGGCAGCGUUUGUUUUUCAUCAGUUUGGCCCAGACCUAUUGU